AUGGUUGAAUUAUCAGACUACCAGCGUCAAGAGAAGGUAGGAGAAGGUACCUAUGGUGUUGUGUACAAGGCACUUGAUAUAAAACAUAACAAUAGAGUCGUCGCGCUCAAGAAAAUUCGAUUGGAAUCAGAGGAUGAGGGGGUUCCUUCCACUGCUAUUAGAGAAAUUUCACUUUUGAAAGAAAUGAAAGAUGAUAAUAUUGUUAGAUUAUAUGAUAUUAUUCAUUCAGAUUCCCAUAAGUUAUAUUUAGUUUUUGAAUUCUUAGAUUUGGAUUUGAAGAAAUACAUGGAAUCCAUUCCUCAAGGUAUGGGUUUAGGAUUGAAGAUGAUUAAGAAAUUCAUGUGCCAAUUGGUUAAAGGUAUCAAAUACUGUCACUCACACCGUGUAUUGCAUCGUGAUUUAAAACCACAGAAUCUAUUAAUCGAUAAGGAGGGAAACUUGAAGUUGGCCGAUUUUGGUCUUGCAAGAGCUUUCGGUGUUCCUCUAAGAGCUUAUACACACGAAGUUGUGACUUUAUGGUAUAGAGCCCCGGAAAUUUUAUUGGGUGGUAAGCAAUAUUCAACUGGGGUGGAUAUGUGGUCUGUUGGGUGUAUUUUUGCUGAAAUGUGCAAUAGAAAGCCUUUGUUUCCAGGAGACUCUGAAAUUGAUGAAAUAUUCAGAAUUUUUAGAAUCUUAGGUACUCCCAAUGAACUGAUUUGGCCCGACAUCAAUUAUUUACCUGAUUUUAAACCAAGCUUCCCACAAUGGAAGAAAAAGCCGUUACUGGAAGCAGUUCCAAGUUUGGAUAGAGAUGGUAUUGAUCUCUUGGAGCAAAUGCUUGUGUACGACCCAAGCCGAAGAAUAAGUGCAAAACGAUCACUUGUACAUCCUUAUUUUCAAGAAGAUAACGACGGCAAUGGCCAUAACAAUGGCAAUGUUUCAGGGCAUACCACAAACUAUGAAAAUGUUUCAAUGAUGGGAUAG